AUGGAAGAUAAAUUAGAAGAAUAUAAGAAGUUAAAACAAGAAUUAAAACAAGAGUUACAAAAGAAAAGGAUAUUGGAGGAUGAAUUCGAUAAAUUACAACAAGAAAUAUACGAUAAAGAGACCGAAUAUUUUACAUCAUCCAUAUAUAUGACAUCAUCUAAUAUUCUUUCUUCUACAAGCUCCACUACUGGUACAUCGUCAAAACCUCUGUUGAUUCCCGGUAAUAUCAUUAAAGGUUUUGAUGGUUUCAAUAAACCCUUGCAUCAUGCACACCAUGAUUAUAAUCAAGUGAUGAACAAUGACAAUAGAAUCUUUUCAUUAAGUUCAGCUACUUAUAUCAAACAGGUAUCUAAUUUAGACAAGUACUUACAAGAUUUACACGAAGAUAAACAGAAAGUAUAG